UAAAUAAAAGGAAAAGAAAGUACGUUGAAAUAAUGAAAUUUUAAGCUCGUCUCAUCCCCAAAUCCGACCAAAACCAAACCACCUCUCUCUCAAACUACCAAACCCUAAUCAAUACAUGUUUAUUUAUCUCAAAAUUCGGUUCCCCAUGCUUUAAUUCCAGGUUUCUCUUCAGAUCCGAUCCACAUCAGGUUUAAUUCAUUUUGAUGAAGUACUGUUGAUGGAUGAUGACAGUGCCGAUUGAUAAAAUGUCUCCUCCUUCGUCCAGGGAGCAUGCGAAACGUCUUUAUGAAAAGAACAUAGAGUUGGAAAACAAUCGUAGCAGAGAUGCUAAGGCACGGGUACCUUCAGAUCCCAAUGCCUGGCAGCAGAUGCGUGAGAACUAUGAAGCAAUAAUUCUCGAGGACCAUGCUUUUUCUGAGCAGCACAAUAUUGAAUAUGCUUUGUGGCAGUUACAUUACAAGCGGAUCGAGGAACUAAGGGCGCAUUAUAGUGCUGCUCUAGCUUCUGCAAGAUCAAACACAUCUAAUGGUGUGAAAGUUCCUCCACAACCUGACAGGCUUACAAAAAUAAGACUGCAGUUUAAGACUUUCCUUUCAGAGGCAACAGGGUUUUAUCACGAUCUGAUUUUGAAAAUCAGAGCAAAGUAUGGACUACCGUUUGGGUACUUUUCUGAUGAUUCAGAAAGCCAAAUUGUUAUGGACAAAGAUGGGAAGAAAUCUGCUGAUAUAAAAAAGGGUUUGGUGUCUUGUCACCGUUGCUUGAUAUACUUGGGAGACCUAGCACGGUACAAAGGAUUAUAUGGAGAUGGAAAUCCUAAAUCACGUGAAUAUGCAACUGCUUCAAGUUACUACUUGCAAGCUGCAUCAAUUUGGCCAUCAAGUGGGAAUGCACAUCAUCAGCUAGCUAUAAUAGCUACAUAUUCAGGAGAUGAGCUGGGGGCUGUUUAUCGAUAUUUCCGGAGUUUAGCUGUUGAUAACCCAUUUUCAACUGCAAGGGAUAACUUGAUUGUGGCAUUUGAGAAGAAUCGACAUAAUUACUCACAACUUCCUGGGGAUGUUAAAGCUCCCUUCAAGGAACCUGCUGUGCGUCAAUCAGGUAAAGGUAGAGGGAAGGUGGAAGCGAAACUUGCAUCUAAAGAUGGCAACAUGGAAAAAUACCCUGCUAACGAGAAAGUCUCUGGUGUUCAGGAUACUUUUAAGUCCUUUUGUAUUAGAUUUGUGCGUCUAAAUGGCAUUCUUUUUACACGCACAAGCCUGGAGACUUUUGCAGAUGUUCUUACUCAGGUUAACCAUGAUUUAUGUGAACUUCUCUCUUCUGGACCAGAAGAGGAACUGAAUUUUGGAACGGGUGCUGCUGAGAAUGCCCUUCUCUUUGUUAGGAUGGUUUCCAUUCUCAUAUUUACGGUGCACAAUCUGAAGAGGGAGAGUGAAGGUCAAACGUAUGCUGAAAUUGUACAGCGUGCUGCCCUACUUCAGAAUGCCUUCAUCGCCAUUUUUGAGUUGAUGGGACAUGUAGUGGAAAGAUGUUUACAACUCCGGGAUGUUUCUUCAAGCUACACUUUACCUGCUAUUCUGGUUUUCCUAGAAUGGUUGGCUUGUUGCCCUGAUGUUGCAGCUGCUAUUAGUGAUGUUGAUGAGAAGCAGUCAAGUACUAGAUCUUUUUUCUGGAAACACUGCAUAUCAUUACUGAACAAGAUUCUGUCAAUUAGGCCUAUGUGCAUGGAUGUUGAUGAAGACGAGACCUGCUUUUUCAAUAUGAGUAGGUAUGAGGAAGGAGAAACUGAGAACCGUCCUGCAUUGUGGGAGGACUUUGAGUUGCGAGGGUUCUUGCCUCUUGUUCCAUCGCAUGCCAUUUUGGACUUCUCGAGGAAACCUUCCUUUGUAAGUGAUGGUGAUAAAGGAAGGAAAGCCCAUGUCAAAAGAAUCUUAGCAGCUGGGAAGGCUCUAGCAAAUGUCAUUAGGGUUGAUCAGAAAAUUGUUUGUUUUGAUUCGAAAGCUAAGAAAUUUCUUAUUGGUGUGGGGCCAUUUCCAGAUGGCACAUCUGCUACCUCAAUGGUAACAAAUAGCUUGGUUCAUGAAUCCCCCUCUGAGAACAUAGUUAACAUUGGAAAUGUUCAGUCAAUCCCACAACCUAGAAUCGCUGGGGAAGAGGAUGACAAUGAUGAAGUGAUUGUUUUCCAGCCAGCUGUGAGUGAGAAGAAAACUGAGGUGAUUGAUCCAAAUCAUUCCCCUUCUGAGAUUUUGAAGCUCAAUCAAAGUAGUGCUGGUGAUCUAAAAUUCUUUGGCAGUACAAUGUCUGCUCCUUAUGAUAGUCUUCUCCAGUAUGAGACGUUUGAUGCUAGUCAUCCACUGCCUGUAUCUGUUGGUACUAUUCUCCCUCAGCAUCUGCAACCUGUUCAGAUGCAUGGAUCUGGGUGGUCAAUGGAAGAUGCUACUUUUCUGGCUAAUAGCUUUAAAGGUUUGACAACAUUGGGUAAUGGACAUUUAACAACGAGUGAGGUGCAAGAUAAUUUAGGCUUUUCUCAUCCUGCUACUCAUUCGCUUGCCAUCCAACAGCCUGUCAGUGUUGGUGCUAAUGGUACAUACUACAGUCCGACAAAAAUGUCAGGAAUUGUGAUGCCAUCCAGAACUAAUGCUAUUGUGCCAAGUGUUGGUACUGGUGAUGCCUUAGCUGCUAGAACUAUCUCAGCUUCAUUAGUUGGGAUGCAGAAGAAUCCAGUUAGCCGUCCAGUUAGCCAUCUUGGUCCGCCACCGGGGUUUAGCUCUGUUCCUCCAAAGCAACUGAAUGAAUCUGUUUCUUCCAUAGGUUUGGAAAAAAGUCCGAUGGAUUAUUAUAGCUGGUUGGAUGGACAUCAGUCGAGAUCCUUAUUUAAAGGCUCUGGGAUUGAGAGUUCACUCUAUAAUUCAUCUCAUGCUAAUCCCCAGUAUGCCAAUAACAAAAGCAAUGGCGUGACUGGAACAGUAAGCUUUCCUUUCCCUGGAAAGCAGGUUCCAGCAGUGCAGGUUCAAAUCGAAAAGGAGAAAGGCUGGCAAGACUACAAUACCCUUGAGCAUCUGAAAAUUCAGCAUGAACAGAAAUUGCAUCAAAAGCAGCCCAUGAAUGGGAACCAACACUUUACCUCGUUGCCUGAGCAGUAUCAAGGACAAUCAGCAUGGAUGGGUCGUUAUUUUGUGUGAGAAUAUGCAAAUGUAGCUGGUUCUUGAGAAUGAUUACACCGUGAAUGCACUGCUUCCAUUUGCCGCCAAGUUCAACUCCAACUUUGAAGUGUUGUCAAUGUUGAGUUUUUUUUUUUUUAUGGAACGUGCCAGGCAUUGGCUUCCAGUGGGCACUUGCUGCUAAACAGGUGAGUGUGCACUCAUUAUCAGAGAUUAUCUCAACAAAGUGAAGCUUAGUGUUAAUAUUGCGGAGUUAACCAGAUUUGUGGAGGAAGAUUGAGGAAACCAAUCUUAUAAGAUGCUAAAUUCGCAAGGGAGUAAAUGGUUACUUGAGAUGGAGCUGCUUGGUUUUUGGGGCCAAAUAACUUGAGGAGCUGGGGUCAAGUAAAACUUGGUUUAGUAUCCUAAUUAACUUUGGGAAUGUCUGUGCGGUUAAAAGUUAGCAGGCGGCAGAUGGUAAAGUGGAGCUGUUCUCCGCAGAUAGCUUUGCGGUAUGAUCAAUGGAGGGACGGUGGGAUUGGUAAAACUCAGAAUUUGUGGGGGAUGGUUUUGAGUUAUGUUAUAUCUGGAGGAUCCAAGACUUGUAUGCUUUUAUUUUGUUAUAUUCUAGUGACUUGUACUAGUUUGGGAAUCCCUCGAUACUUCUUUUAUGAAAUAAAUGCAUAAUAAACGUUUGGUUGCU